AUAAAAGUAGUAAUAGGCCAACCCAUAACCCGGUAGCAGUUUGUGCUGAAGGUUAACUUUCCUUUCCGGUGACGGGUAGUUGUGAUAAUGGCAAAAAUCAAGGCCCGAGAUCUGCGGGGCAAGAAGAAGGAAGAGCUCUUGAAGCAGCUUGAGGAUCUGAAGGUUGAACUCUCCCAGCUUAGAGUUGCAAAAGUAACUGGUGGCGCUGCUUCCAAGCUUUCCAAAAUUCGAGUUGUCCGCAAGUCAAUUGCACGGGUUCUGACUGUCAUUAACCAGACACAAAAAGAAAAUCUGCGAAAGUUUUACAAGGGUAAGAAGUACAAACCUUUGGACCUCAGACCUAAAAAGACAAGAGCCAUGCGCCGCAGGCUUAACCAGUAUGAACAAGGCUUGAAGACCAAGAAACAACAAAGAAAAGAGCGCCUAUAUCCCUUGCGGAAGUUUGCUGUUAAGCAUAAAUAUUACGAAUAAAUACUUAUUAUUU